AUGGCGGACGGGAACGAGGCGACUGCAGUACAACCUCCACAGCCUGCGAUCACGACCAAUUCGGCCGCUGUUCCACCUGAGCUCGACAAGAAGAACUCCGCGCCGCCCCCACGACAGUUGCACCGGGGCCCGAGCAAGGAAGACGUGGAAAUUGCGCAGCGGUGGAAGAAGGAAAUCGAGCAGAUCGAGGUAAAGGAAGAGUUGAAAGUGGUCAAAAAUCUGUUCGGGGGAAGGAAAUCCACCAAAGAACGGACAAAAUCGAUCGUCGAAAGAACUUCAUCGGAAGAACGGACUGGGGCAGCAGCUCCUUCCAACAAUUCCGCAAAAGAAGAACGCGAACAAGAAGACGACAGCUUUACCUUCAGCCGGUCCCUGCCCCGGGAAACGAGCGACGACAGUAGCUGGCAAAUCAACACGAAGGAAAUAGAUGCGGAUGGAGGAGGUGGUCAAGAAAAGCCGGGCGAUAGUACCGCAUCGAAUCUGGAUGCAACGCGGCUGAAUCUAGUUGCAAUUUUGAAUCAGGAUAAGAACAGUAAUUUGGAAGAUUUUGACGUCGACGUGGGGACACUGGUACACACGGUGGAACGCGAGGAUUUUUCAGUCGAGGAGCGGGAGGAUGCUCAGACGGACGCGGAUUCUCAGGCUGAAGAAGCCGAGUCAGAUAUUAAUCUGAGUAACCACGACGAGGACCCGAUGAAAUUCAAUGACCCCAACCCAGACGCCUACCGUCCAGAGACCGUGAAGAUUAUUCAGAAACAGGUUGACGCAGCCUUUGUGUCUUUGUGCAAGCAGACUUUUUCCAAAGCGUUAGACCGGAUCAAGCUCUAUCACCAGGACGCGGAUAGGCUCAGACAGUGCCGGGAGAGGCAGGCAGUCAGGGAGAGGAGGAAAAGGGAGGCGAAGUUGAUGGGAAGUACUUCUACUGCUUCUUCUUUUAUGGGGCGUGGUGGGAGAAGAAAUUCAAGUACAAAUAAGCCAGGCGGUGGCGGGAGUAGUAGCAGUAGUUGA